AUGAGAUUCAAAGCAAAGGCUAAGAAAGGUGAAGGCUGGGGACUGGGGUUCCUCUUGGUUCUCUUUCCUGAAGAAGAUCAUCAAGACGCAAACAAGAAAAAAAACAAUUCAAUAAACAAUAAUCUUUUCGCUUCUUCAUCGUCUUUACAUUCGUUCAAGCCCUUAAACACCCUCCUCAAACGCACCAAUUCAGCUCACAUACUGCACAAAGCACAGUCCACAAUUUCUAUAUGUGCACUCCUAUUAUUCAUCACUCUACUUCUCUUCACUGUCUCCACCUUGCCCUCCACCACCACUGCCGCCGCUAGAGCUCGCCGCCAUUACGGUUUUCCUAGAAGACAGCUGUCUUUAAUGAUGAACAAUCCUUCUUCAACUUCGGAUGUAUUAUCAAGAAAUCAAUUAUCGCAUGCAUUGCAAGGUAUGGGCACUCUGUAUAGAAGAGGCACAAGGGCCAUGAGUGACCUCAUUGUGGCACACGCAGUUCAGUCUCUCACUUCCCAUGAAUUGAAAUUAUUUCUCAGGCUCUUGUACAGGUCCAGUCUCACCUCAAGAUCAGACCUUGUAUUCUUAUUUCCAUCAAAAUCACCUGAUUUUGAUAAUACAAUUCUUCAAGAGAAUGACUCGUUCUUGAAACUCGUCACUCAGUAUGCGAAAACGAAUCGCUCGGGUCACUCGGUGGCGAGUUUUGACGUGACCCAGUUCGUGAAAAUGAGCAAGAAGGAGAGGCAAAGUGGAGAGCCAAUAUGGGGUCGAAGAAUUCGAAGCAAUUUUAGCGAGGAAGGAAAGACUGAGUCAACUCCUCCGAGUUAUGGCUCAGUAGUGAGUUUUGAAAUGGAAGAGCUUGACCAGGAGAACUCACUGGCUGGGUUUUUAGAACGCGUUCCAAUGAAUUUGAGGAGAUGGGCUUGCUAUCCAAUGUUGUUGGGUCGAGUUAGAAGAAAUUUCAAGCAUAUCGUAUUAGUGGAUGUCAAGGAAAUGUUAUUAGUCGGUGACCCACUCGGUCGAGUCAGGAAUCAGAGUCCCGAGUCAGUUCAUUUAUCCUCAAUCACCCAUACCCUUUCCACUAAACACGGGAAGAAGAAAUCGGAUAAAACCCGCCUGAUAUCGGUCAACCCGGCAAUUAUAAUGGGCGGUGCAAGAGGGGUUAGAAGAUUAUCAAAUGCCAUGUUAACAGAAAUCGCUAGAGCAGCAAUGCAGCACAAGAACUCAUUGACUGAGUCGGGACUCUUCAAUCAACUGGUAGGAAAGGAGUCCAUAUUGAAGAACGUGAAAUUGAUCACAUCGGCCGAGCCAAUCCCAGAACUGAGUUCACUCGGUGGGCCAAACUCGAAGUCAGAUUCAUCCUUGUCCAUAUCAAAUUAUACUUUGAUUAGAGCUGCCAAUAUUAAUAAUUCUAUAUUAAUGAAGCAUAUAUGCUCGUCUCCAUUAGAUUCCGAAGUUUAUAGUGAUUGCUAA